CUUGAAAAAGCUACUAUUUACAGUUCAGCAUUCACUCCGAAGGCUAUAUACAAAAUAAAAAUAAUCUGCAAGAGCAAGAUGUCAACUUCGUUAGACGAGAGGAACGGAGGUGCGGCCCGCACAACGCGACUCGCGAAAUGGGCUAUUGAUUUACAGUAUGAAGGUAUUCCCAAGGAAGUAGUCGAGCGUACAAAAGAGCUUUUUCUUGACUGGGUGGGGUGUGCGAUAGCUGGCAGGCACCAUCCAGCGGUUUCCGCAAUAGCAAAAUACGCGGUUCAGAUGGGCCCAACUACUGGCAAGAGCGAGUUUAUUGAUGGGUCCCUGGGCCUUUUGACGUCACCUGCUUUUGCUGCUCUGGUUAAUGGAGCUGCAUCGCAUGUUGUUGAGCAGGACGACCUUCACAAUCGGAGUAUGAUGCAUCCAGCAACGGUCAUAUUUCCGGCGGCUCUUGCCGUGGCUCAAGAUAUACAAGCCAAUGGAAAGGACUUCAUCGCCGCCUGUGUAGUCGGUUACGAGGUUGCUUGUCGUGUUGGGGAGUAUCUAGGUAGAAACCAUUACGAAAUGUUCCAUUCCACCGCUACCGGUGGCGUUGUUGGCGUUGCAGCUGCGGUCUCACAUCUUUUGAGGCAUAAUAUGAGUCAGAUGCUUUCUGCCAUUGGCACGGCAGGAACUCAAGCCGCCGGGCUCUGGCAGUUCCUGAUAGAUGCCUCGCAUUCCAAGCAAGUGCAUACAGGAAAAGCCUGUUUCGAUGGUAUUUUUGCAGCAUACGUUGCUAAACACAACCUGUUGGGCCCCAAGGAUAUCCUAGAAGGCCCACGUGGAAUGGGAAAUGCAUUAGGACGAGGGAGCACUAGCCCAGAGGCUAUAGAUCAAAGUUUAGGAAUUGAUUUUGCAGUUCUUCAGUCUAGCUUCAAAUGGCAUGCAUCCUGUCGACAUACCCACCCGAGCGUCGACGCAUUGUUAAGCUUGAUGCAGAAACAUGCACUAAAAUUCGAUGAUAUCGAAUCCGUCGUUGCACGAACAUAUCAGGCUGCCAUUAACGUGCUCGGACUUAGUGGUCGUGGGGAAACGGUUCAUCAAAGUAAAUUUACAAUGGGAUUUGUCCUUGCCGUUGCUGCCAAGUAUGGGCAGGCCAUGAUUACGGACUUCACCGAGGAAGCCCUUAGAGAUCCAGCGUUACGUAAUUUCCAGGAUCGAGUGACCAUGAAGUACGAUGCACAUAUUGAUUCACAGUUUCCUCAAAAGUGGCAGGGAACGGUAGAAGUGACCUGUAAUUCGGGAAAACAAAUCUCCGAAUCAGUCGAGUACUUGAAAGGCGAUCCACAGCUUCCCUUGACAAGGCUUGAACUUGAAGCUAAAACUCGAGCACUUUUUGAUUACGGCGGAUAUGACGAUACCAAGAACAUUGAAAGGGUGAUUCAGCGGGUGUGGCAGUUAGAAGACGAGGUGGAUCUUUUGGGAUUCUCCUUUGAGUAGACUUGUGACUCAUGGUAUUGACAUACUAUAUACAUGCAGUAUUUGAUACAUCGUCUCCAUCAUCAUCUAAAG